AUGGCUUCGAAUAUCUUUCGUAAAUUCCAAGAAGUCGUGAAAAACGGCACUCCACUUCAAUACGUGGGUGGUGGUAUCAAUAGUAGCAGCAGUAGUAAUUCUAAUACGAGAAGAACUAGGACCGGUCAGCAAAGUGCCGAGAGUAGCCUUUCCUUUAUUGGUAACUACCUUGCUGGGUGGAAGACUAUCGAGAUACUCCUGAACGGUUCAUCUCGUCGGAAUGCGACAGUUCUCAUGGACCACGUUGAAAAUCAGAGGAAAACCGUGGGCAUGAACCCUCUGGGUUUGAUACGCCUUCAGAGCUGGGAUGAUUUCUUUGCAUCAUUUAAAGCGGCAGGGCUUUAUAUGAAUAUACUUGCGAUUGCUCAAGUCCUGGCGCUCGCUAUCCCUUAUCACGACAGUCGCAAUCCGGCUCAUGAUGCUGAUUUAGCAUAUUACUCUCUAUGGGCAUUCAUGGUGAUACAUCUUCUACUGUGGUAUCAGUUCUUGACACUGUUAUCAUCCAAUCCACUGUAUUGUAGCCUAGUUGUGGUAUUAAUAACCGCUCAUGCGAGCUUUCGCACCAGGGAAUGGUCGCGGGUUGUGAAGGACACUAUUAGGAAACGCAACGGACAAGCGAGCACAGCUGAGCGACAUCGCAGACAAGGGCAGAAUAACUGGGAUUCUCCGAUGGAAUAG